AUGGACUCCCGGCCAGGAGCCCGCACCGUCUUCGCCGGGGCCCUGAUCAUCGUUCUCGCGAUGGCGUCCAUCGUAUACGUGCAGCUGGACCUGACGCAAAUUGACCUCUCCGCCUGUGACUUGACGCUGCCGAGGGAGGAAUCGUGGUCGGUGAUGAAGUUGGUGAAUAGGGUUUUGGGGGCUUUUGUUGAGGUCAAUAGUUAUAUGCAGUGCGAGUCUAGUGUCCCAUCGUCGCCACCGCCGUCGUCUUUCCCAGGCUUCUUUGAUGACUCUCUGGAUGGGGUGUGGUCCGAAGCAUAG